AUGGAUCAUUUGAGCCCGAAAACGUUCUGUGUACUGCUCCUUCUUUGUCUUCGCAAGCAUUAUGCAACUGCAGAUAAUGAAAAAACUCAACUUGAGCAAUCGUCGCUAUCAACAGGGGUUUGGAUAAAUAGGGGGCAGGUGUAUCCGCGAUGUUCGGCGCUACACUUCGAGAAGUUGCGAUGUGCAAACUUCAGCCUCAGCCAGCGUCCUGUAACACGAAGCCGAGUGCUCCGACCCGAUUGUGCCUUCCUCAUGCAUCGACUUAUCUGCUCCCUGCACAAACUCAAUUGUCCAUCCCUCCCUAAUGCCUCGUUCCAGAUGUACGACAUCCCGUGUCAGAGCUCGUGUCACGCCACUGUCGACAUCUGCGGUAUGCAGUCAUCGAACUCGCAGCCAACUUCUAGCCACUGGCAGACCCACCCCAAACGGUCCGCACCCCUCUACCCACAAAUCCAGCCACGACUGACGCCUUCACCCAGUUGGCACCCUUUCACGCCCUCUCCAGGACAGUCAGUGUGGCCCUGGAGGCCCUACGUCCCCUCUUCAACCAGGCGUCACCAAAGAUCUCUGCGACACUCAAAUAAUAAAACCAUGAAAAGUUAUAGCUCGAAGAAAGACAAUAAGGUGAAUGAAUUGAAAUUGCUCCCCGAAGACUGCAAGUUUCUUCCCUCUGGUGGCUGCGACAACUGGGCGCGAAAAAUUGUGAAGAACCAUCCAUAUUACGCUCGUGAUUACGAGGCUGAGACCCGUCAGAACCCAGCAUGUCCCAAAGACUUUAAAACUAUGUGUGCCCAAAUGUUUCCGCUUGAAUUCACCAAGAAUGAUUGGGAACAAGGGAAUUUUACCAUGGGUGAGUCCUUAAAUUUGCAGCAGCUUGUCUAUCUUUGUACAGCCCUUAUUAUACGCAUCAGCCAGACUUUUUGGUGGUUUGGCAAGUUUCAUCGCUUCCAGCCCUUCUUCCGAUUCACUGUAAAGCGUACACUGAAAACGGAUAUUCUGGAGUACGACGACAAAGUCAUCCUUACCAACUCCUGGCCAUCUAGUUGUGUCUGCCCUAAUAAACUUGUCGUGGGCAAAAAAUACCUUCUUCUUACCCAUUCUCGGAUCUCGCGCCAAACUUUGCGAAUAUCCAACAAGACAGUCUUCCUUGAAAAUCCCAAAAGAUAUGAAUGGAUGAUUUUGGUGAGCAAAAUUUUUCAUGUGCUCGAAUCCGUUUACCUUUGCCCUGUUUUCAUCCACAGUGCUGGAUGGGAUCCUGUCCUCGCCAAGGAGCCCGACAACGGAGGUACAAGCAGAAUCAGUGGAAUUGGCGCUGGCAACGCUUACGGCAUCGAUAAAACCCUGAUUUUUGGUUCAUGA